AUUAAUUUCAGAAAAAUGGCAAAGCUUGCACAUAUCAUUGUCUUCUUCAUGGCUUCCAUGUCCGCCGUUAGAGCAAACGACGUUCUUCUCGGCGUCUACUACGGUCUCUUCGGGGACAACGUGCCACCGCCGUGGAAGGUUGUGCAACUUUGCGUAAAAUACAACAUCCGGCGGAUUCGACUGGACGAACCAAACCUUGAGGUCUUUGAUGCAUUUUGCGGCGCGGGAAUUGACAUAUCCUUUGGCGUGCCCAACGACAUGUUAAUUAACAUGAAAGCUAAUGAAUCCGCGGUGGUGGAGUGGUUCAAUACCUAUGUGGAACCCUACAUCGGCGAUUUUGUCAUCAAUUACAUCAUCGUUGGCAACAAAGCUAUCCCGGGACUCGACGACUGCAUAUUGCCAGUCAUGAAAUCCCUUCAAAAUCUCCUCAAUGCCCGCUACCUUGGACAAGUGAAACUCACAACACUGGUUGGGUAUAACGCCGCGUUGGCCGUUAAAGACCCUCCGUCCAGCGGCGCGUUCGAUCCAAAUGCUAGCGACAACAUCAGAGAGAUCCUACGAUUCUUGUUGCGAGAAGGGUCGCCGCUGAUGGUUAGUGUGUGCCCGUAUACAAAAUAUGCGUAUAGUAACAGGGCUAUAAGUUUGAAUUAUGCAACAUUUGGUGCGAAAACCCCAGUAGUUCACGACGGUGGGUUGAGUUAUGACAACUUGUUUGAUGCAAUGGUGGAUCCGUUUUAUGCAGCGAUGGAUAAGUUAGGGGUCGGGGAUGUGGAUGUGGCGGUGGGAGAAACUGGGUGGCCGACGUGUGGAAACGGUAACAUUGCAACCCCGCAGUAUGCGUCGGCGUACAACAAAAAUUUUAAGAGUCAUAUUAGCUCCGGCAGAGGGACGCCGAAGAGGCCAAAUGUUUUGAUUAGAGGAUUCAUUAAAAGUAUGUUCAAUGAGAAUAAAAUGCCGGAAGGAGAAUCGCAGUGUUAUGGAAUAUUCAAUGUCGACUCUACACCUCUUUAUCCUUUAUUUUAAGCUCAAAUGCAUGUAAACUAGUCAUAUGUAGGGAUGUUCAAAGUGCGAGUGGGGACGAGGAACGUCCUCGUCCUGAUCCUUGCCCCCAUUUAAUUCUCCAUCCCAAGAAAUUCUCCUUGAAAUUUCGUGGAGAUCGGGGUGAUGAUUCCCCUAGGUAAAUUUGUUGGGAUUGAG